AUGACGGGUUCGACCAAGCAAUCGCCCAUUAAGAUGCAGAGGGAUAUCAGGUUUACUGUGCUAGGUCAGAAAGGGGUCGGCAAAUCGGAAUCAGUAUACUCUCAGCCCACGAGAAUAGAUGACCAGUGUAUAACAUUACACGUGCUGGACACGGCUGGCGACUUUGAUUUUGAGAGUCAGACAAGGGUUGAGCAGAUACGGAAUUCAGAUGCCUUCGUGUUGGUUUUCUCGGUCACAGACCGAUCCAGCUUCAUCUUCCUUCAUAAAAUUAAACGAUUUAUAUUCAAAUCCCGACGUGACCUUGACAAAGUCCCCACAUUGAUUCUUGGAAACAAGGCCGACCUUUGCCACCUUCGCAAGAUCACGAAGCAAGAGGGCGCCCAACUGGCGAAGGAUUACGGAUGCACGUACUGCGAGAUGAGCGCGAGCGAGGGAUACGUUCCCGUUGUCGACGCAUUCCAUGACCUCUACCGGGAGUUCUACCGGGCGGAGAAGAGAGCGAAGGUGCGCAAGAUCACGUCCCGUUUGCAGUUACGACAAACCAUCAAGAAUUUUACCGAUAGACAUCUUUAUCGAUCAAGGACAAACACGUUAUAAUGUACGAUCGUGCAUUUAGCUGCUUCAGAAGUAACGACUGGAUCGUUUCAUGAGGUCGGCUUUUCCGACAGGUCACCAUAGUAACAGCCAGACACCUGUGCUUUUCAGCCAAUCAUCAAAGCAGGAAAGUUGUCCGAUCCGACAAAUUUUAAGACAAGUAUUGAUCAGGCACUCUCUAUAAGUAACGACGGGAUCGAUCGUCUCAUAAACUAUGUUGAUCCGACCCUGGAUCCGACAGGUCACCGUUGUAACAGUCAUGCGCACACCUGUAUUUUUCAGCCAAUCAGUAGCGAAAGGAUGUGGUCAGAUCUGACAACUCUUAAGACGACAAUUAUGUUGAAGAAAUGCUACAAGUACUGAGGGGACCGUUUCAUGAACUCUGUUUUUCCCCCAACAGUUCAAAGUAAUAGUCAGUCGUGCUUUUCAGUCUAGCAGACACCAAGUGAAGUUGUCAGAUCUGACAACAUUUAUGAGAAGGCUGAAGAAACGCUCCACCCUGCGGUGAAUAUGCACGUUGAUUUAAAUCUUUAAUCGAACCUUUCACCUAUCUUUGUUAAGAGACAACAGGGAUGCAAAAUGAAUUCAAGGACAUGGAAAAUGUAUUGUCAAAUACCCUUCUUGACAAAAAGCAACCAAGAAAUCUUUGUAAAAAAAUAAAAAAUCGGUGAACCAAAAAACAACAGUUUCGUCCUGGACUCUGGACAAACGACAUAUUAUUUGAAAUUUUUUGUCAGCUCUGAAACAGGACGAAACUGCUGUUCCGGUCCACCAAUUUUUGACAAUGACCUCCUAGCUGUUCAUUGUCAUUUGAAUUGCAAUUUCUAAACAUAAUUGCGUUCUUGAAUCAGUUCCGCGUUGCGGAUCGACAACUCCCCAGUCUGGUUCUCUUUCAGUGGUAGAUUAGAUAAAUAAUUAUGAGAAAGGCUCGUCAACAUAUUUCGGAAAGUAAAUUGAAAUUGAAUUGAUGUUAAGCUUUCAAUCGAUUUUAGCGUAAUCUGAAGAGUAACUCAAUUAUCAUUGCCUCUCGUAUUCAUCUUUUUAAUUAAAACAUAUUUUAUUUUAAUGGGUCGAUACAGGUUACAAUGGUUAGUAAAAAGGUGAUAGAAGAUUGUGCAGCCCUGUCUGGCCUAACUUUGACAAAAUGACAUUUAUCUAUGAAAGUGGGUGAUAAAAAUAGUGAAAUUGUGCAUUGGGUAGCUUUCGUAUUCACUGUCUCGCCAUACUAAAGCACAACUCUAAUUGUAUUUUCUAUCUGGGCAAUUUCAUUAAAUGAUCAACCUUUUUAUACGUCCGACCCCCUAUUUUUCUCAAUUAUCAUAUACUUCACUUCACAAACUGACCAAGUCAUGGUCCUAUGAGAACAUUUACAAACUGUCAAAAGAAUAGAAAUUCAGAGACAGAAAAUUUCAUGAAGGUCCCACAAAUAGGGGGUCGGAUGUACAUAUUUUAUGGAAUUGCCCUUCUGUAAAUGUAUAUUUGUUGUAUAUAAAUUAAUUUCCCAUAAUUGGAUAUAUAUUUUCGAUGAUCAGUUUAACUGGUAUCAUGAAAGUGUCGGGUAUUUAUCCGAAAAAAAAUUGAUGAAUAUGUUAAACCAAUUUUUUAUCGGAGUGGGUAAUAACUUUUAUGGUGUUUUAGGGAAAUUUCGUCAAACUUUCCAACGUUUAUGCUUAGCCAAGCCGAUGUAAUGUGGACUAGCUCCCCCUUUUGAAAAUAUACUCAUGUAUUGAGAAAUAUACGCAAUCAAUCAUAAUAUGAGCUCAAUAUGUAUUAACAAAAAAAGAUGUGGCAUCAUUAAAAAAGUCGAUGUAAGUGUGACCCCCUCCCCAAACGAUCUCUAUGCAAGAACAAAAUUAGGCACCUCCCGUUUCAGCAAGACUUAAAAAAAAAGAUAACAAUGCACAAUUUCUAUUAAAAAAAAGUCACUACAAGCCACUAAAAUUGAUGGAUUUCAGUAGCGUAAUAUAACUUAUAAUACAAAUUUGUUAUCUUAACAAGUUUUAUGAAACGGGGCCCCGUAUUCGGGCCUGGUAUUAAAAUAUUGCAGCAUUUUGGAAACGUCGAUACUUAUCUUUUAAACUGCACGAAGCCACAAACUAUGUAAAGCAAUCAGUUCUUGGGGAAAAGCAUUGUAAAGUGUAAAUGACGACUGCACUGUCUGAGUAUUGUCAGUUUCAUGUGAUAUAGGAAUAUAUAUAUAUAUUUACAAGAAGUUACUCCUGAAGUUGAUAUUUAUAACAAUAUUAUAGAUAGUAACAUAAUAGCAAUCGCCAUGUUUCCUGCAAAACUGGAUUUUGCACGACAGGAGAUUUACCACCGAGGUGCUUUUGACGGCACUUUUUCAACCAUCCUUGAAAGGAUUGAUUUCUUUUCGCGCAAUUUGUUUGAUCUUGUUAAAUUUUAACUAUUUUUUUAUGCAGUUUUGGUUCGUUAAAACGAGUCGUAGUUAUGUGAUAACUACUGUUAACCAUAUCACAGUUGGUUCUAUGGACUCCAUGAGCAAUUAUCAUGGGCGACACAAGAAUAUUUUGACGGAGGGGGGGGGGGGGGGGGCGGCAAGUCGGCCCCAAGGACCUUACGGUUACGUCAUUUUUUUAAUGAAUUGAAUUAUAAUAAAUAUGGGUACAGUCAAGUGAAAAUGCUUUUCGCCAUUAUUAUAUCAUUAUGAAAAAUAUGAAAUAUAAUAUCAAGACGCUGCUUAUCAAAGGGCUCAGAAAUAUUUCUUUGAUCAAUAAUUAUCAUCCUCUGUUGUGGUUCAGAAGACUAUACUUCACGCAAAACUUAAUGGUAUGGCCCAUAUAGACCACAAUAAACAUGAUUAAAGCAUUUUCUGCGUAUAAGAGUUGGAGUUGUUUCCUUGAAAACAUUUCGCCACAUUUAGUGUAAUAAAAAUUCCAUAGUCAGAUAUUUCAUUUAAUGUUUGCACUUUAUUGUAGGUUAUCUUUUUGCUUGAGUCUAUAUCAAUAUUAUGGAGCCAUUAAGCAAGAAAAAAAAAUUAUAUAUUUUGAAGAAAUUCUGUGAUUUUAUUGUUUUAUAUCAAUGAUGCAUAAUUAUGUUUGCUUCUGAUUGCCUUCUCAUUGUGAUAUGACUACCAAAAAUGUCGACAAAUAAAAUAUUUCAUUGGAAGAAAAAUUA